GUUCUGCGGGCCAAGCCCACGGUGCGCAAGGAGCGCGUGGUGCGGCCCGAUUCGGAGCUGGGCGAGCGGCCCCCUGAGGACAACCAGAGCUUCCAGUACGACCACGAGGCCUUCCUAGGCAAGGAGGACUCCAAGACCUUCGACCAGCUCACCCCGGACGAGAGCAAGGAGAGACUGGGAAAGAUUGUUGAUCGAAUCGACAAUGAUGGGGAUGGCUUUGUCACUACUGAGGAGCUGAAAACCUGGAUCAAAAGGGUGCAGAAAAGAUACAUCUUCGAUAAUGUCGCCAAAGUCUGGAAGGAUUAUGAUAGGGACAAGGAUGAUAAAAUUUCCUGGGAAGAAUACAAACAAGCCACCUAUGGUUACUACCUAGGUAAGAGGUGCUGCAGGAGCGGUGACACAGCGGGGGCCCGGAUAGCAAGGAUUGAGCGGGCCAGAGCAGUCAGGAAAGGCUUCCUGGUAUGGGUGGUUUGGAAACUGGGGCCUUGGAGAAUGGAUUUAUAUUUGGAGAAGGAAACCCUGGAGGACAUCGACAAGAACGGGGAUGGGUUUGUGGAUCAGGAUGAGUAUAUUGCGGAUAUGUUUUCCCAUGAGGAGAAUGGCCCUGAGCCAGACUGGGUUUUAUCAGAACGGGAGCAGUUUAACGAAUUCCGGGAUCUGAACAAGGACGGGAAGUUGGACAAAGAUGAGAUUCGCCACUGGAUCCUCCCUCAAGAUUAUGAUCAUGCACAGGCAGAGGCCAGGCAUCUGGUAUAUGAGUCAGACAAAAACAAGGAUGAGAAGCUAACUAAAGAGGAAAUAUUGGAGAAUUGGAACAUGUUCGUUGGAAGCCAAGCUACCAAUUAUGGGGAAGAUCUCACAAAAAAUCAUGAUGAGCUUUGAUAGACACUCACCAGAAUAUGGCAGACUGUCAUAGGCAUUCUGUUAUUGUCUUGGAUUGUUGCUAACAAUUGUCUAAUUUACAGCAGUUGUGUUCCCACAAAAAGCAAGUUUGUACCUCGGAUUGGGGUAUAAAAAUUGUUUUUCGCUCAGUAUUUACUGGAAAAUGGACAUCACUAUUCUUUCAGUAAGAUUUCUCUCAAAACACAUGAAAACCUUGGUAAAUUGCAGUUCUCUCUGGGGAUAUCUUGGUACAACGUGACUUUUUAAAAGUUUUUUUUUUUUUUUUCCCCAUUAAAACUUAAAGGGGAAGAAAACUUGAAAAACCCCUGUUCUUCAGAAGUUGAGUGGGUUGGAGGAGGCAGUGAUAUGAAGUGACUGCUAUGUAUUUUCACUACCAGAUUUUUAAAUAUUUGCCACUGUUAAAUAGUUGGAAAGGGGAAAUUCUGAUUAAGCAAAAGUGGUAUCAUCCUAGGUAAGCUUAUUUCAGAACAAGUCUAAUAUUUCAGAUUCUUUCUUCUCGACUUUAUACUCUGAGCUGUUCCUUACUGUAAGUGGUGUGUAUGAAACCUCCAUGCAUUUUCCAGUAUGAAUCUGCUAAUAUGCACAAUAAAUCCAUGUCUUUGUUUGUUUUUCUAUUAAAAAGCAAUCAAGAAAGAUAAUGUGAAAAAGAAAGGAAUUUAGAGGUAGGGAAAAGAUGAAUGUCAGACAUUUGAAAAACUAUAGUAAAAUGAUGAACACUAAAUAUACUUGAGAAAACUUUCUUGAUAUGCCAGUGAGGUAGGCCUGAUCUUUGAAAUAGUGAAUAGGAAUACAAUGCAUUUCCUCAGUGAUCACUGAUUAGAAUGAGGUGGUGGGAUCCUUGGGAAGCCAAACAGAGCGGAGUUCUGGAUCAUGUCCCAUCCAGUCCAGUGAAUCCACGACCCUCGGACCUGUCCCCACAGAACAGCUUAUACCAUGGAAUGAGGACAAGGUGAUAUUCUGAGCUGUGGACUGAACUGGCAGACACAACCUGUACAGAUUGAAAUUUCACCUUGUAAGGAGGAAGUGAAUGAAAUAAAGGAUCCCCCUAAGGAUUCUC